CGUGCGCCCCCAGCUCCCGCAGAGCCGUCCCCACACUGGGACAGAGACAGCGGGGACCUCCGGGGAGCCCCCCCACCUAAGUGAACGCAAGGAUCCCACCCGGCCAUCAGCAGGGGGAUGACUGAGAGACGUCGGACGAUCCAGAGAGAGAGGCAGUUCUGACGGCGCUGUUCCAAAAAGGCGCAGCCCUCCAAAAAUAAAGCAAGAUGAUGUCCGCUAUAGAGACUGGUGUGUACCAACCUGCGCAGCUGCUCAGCUGGGUCUACAUGUCUUUGCAAGACUCCGGCUCCUUUGAUGGCUUCAAGGUGGACUCGGACGCUUCUCCUCAGGACAUGAACAACUCCAAGCGCAGCGCAGCUGAUCUGAGCUCCAACUAUCUCAACAACUUCUUCCAGCUGAGCAGCGAGACCUUGAACAACAAUUUCUACAACCGCUCUUCGCCUUAUGGAUCGCUCAACAACAUCGUGGAGGGUCUGAGCUCGCUGGCGGACCACUUCUCGGACCUCUCCCUGUCGCCCGAAACACGCAAGCCCAGCAAAAGGCCGCCGCCCAACUACCUGUGCCACCUCUGCUUCAACAAGGGACACUACAUCAAGGACUGUCCUCAGGCUCGACCCAAAGGCGAGGGCCUGACCCCGUACCAGGGGAAGAAGAGGUGCUUCGGGGAAUAUAAAUGUCCCAAGUGCAAGAGGAAGUGGAUGAGCGGGAACUCCUGGGCCAACAUGGGACAGGAGUGCAUCAAGUGCCACAUCAAUGUUUACCCUCACAAGCAGAAACCUCUGGACAAGCCGGAAGGGUUGGACGUGUCCGACCAGAGCAAGGAGCAUCCGCAACACCUGUGCGAGAAAUGCAAAGUUCUGGGCUACUACUGCCGCCGCGUGCAAUAACACAGCCUGCGUGCUUUCUAUACUCCAAACGUUUAUUCAAAAAGGGAUAGUUACACUUGAGUUACUAAAGAAUAUAAGAUAAUGAGUAAUUGUUAUACUGUUAAGGGUCUAAUUGUUUAUUCUGUUGCAAUAUCCUCUUGGUCACUGUGACUUUAAAUAAGAUUUGUUUAAUACAAAGUCUCUCAGUGCAUAUUCUGCAUUUUUGCAGCGGGACCUGUAAGUUACUCAGUUAUCACGAUGCGGACGUGAACAUUUAUUUGAAGUCUUAACUCUGAACCAAAAAAAAUCUCACCAACUGUGAAUUAGGAAAAUCCUCCUCCUCUCUGUUCUCACUCGACUUUCCAGAAUAGGACUGAUUCUCUUUUACACGUUUGUAUAGUUAAAAAAGUAACUUAAAAGUAAAAUUUUUUGCUUCUUUCUGUAUAAAAUAUGCAAGUCUUUACUAGGAAGCAGUAUUAAUGUGUAUCUGUAUUAUCAGUACUGGUGGGUACUUUUUUUUUUUUACAUAUAUUUUAAAGCAUAUUGUGUUCAAUAAAGCAUGGAGACAUUAGCGCGGCUGUGAGUGCACCAACACGACUUAAAUGUGAAGUGAUUCAGGUUUAGUUCCUCCUAUGAAGAGUCAGGGACACAUAAUGUAGGAAAACUCUUGAAAUUGAAUAGUUCAGGGUAAAACACAGACAGAAAAUUGUCUUUAAAUGGGUAAGUAGCUGGAUUACAGGAACAGUUAAUAAAAGACCAAAGAAGUAUGUGAAUUCUGAAUGAAGGUGGGUGGAUCAAUGGAAGACAGAGUUUCUGUGACAUUUCAAAACCUAAUGAAAAACAUCCACCACAACAAACCUCGCAGGCUGUUUUGUACUAAACAAACGGGACUGAACGUUGCAAAAGAGCAUGAGAAGGAACACGUUGUGAGCACAUCUUUCUUUCAUUUGUCCAAACCUGCAGAUCAGAAGUAAAGGGAGACGGGUUUGGGAGGCGACCUGCGCUGUGGAAGCUUUCUGAAACACAAAAACACUGGCGAGCAGGACACAUGGUCCCCAGAAGCUUGGCAGGCCAGGAAUAAUUCAGCAUAGUAAUGAUCCACAGCACACACGGACAGGUUAGCGGAGUGCUUUCAGCUUUUCAGCGUUGGUGUAUUCGUAAAUAGAAAGCUGCGAUCAGCUCCAGGACUCCAGGUCACUAGUCUUGAUAAACACCUGAAGAAAAUGUGAGGUUACACACUUUUUCAUUUUAAGCGUUUACUGAUAGUAUUGUCCAAUAAAUAGGUUUUAUGUACUAUUGUUUUCCAAUUUGUUUUAAAAAGUCAGGCAGUUUAUGAAAGUUCUAAAUAAAGUUGUAAACGGUGGAAUAUAGGCUUGUGUGACAUAGUAAAAUGCACAGGUUUUAUUUUUGGCACGAGCUGCUGAAAAUUACUCACCAAAGUGCUUCUUCAUGGGUUUCAUUUGUAACAUGAGACAAAAAAAAAUUCUCAAACAUAUGUCUGAAUGUACCAAAGUUUGUGAAGGAUGAGGUGGAAGACGCAUGCAUGAGCUGCUUUUAAGGGUUUUGUUUCACUUGAGUAGCGAGUGGAAAAAUAUAAAGGAAUACAGACUCUGAAGUGAUGUGUGAAAUAUCCUCUACUGUGCCUUAAUACGAGUAAUGAGUGACAUGGACUCCUUUGUAUUGAAGUGUUUUUACAUUAAAAGCUGUUUAAACAGACUUGAGUGCUUCAUUUGGUCUGAAUAGAGGCAGCAAGCAAUGAA